UCGUCGCGAGCCUUGUACUAGAGUGGCAACAAUCGUCUUCACAUUACAGAAAGUUCGAAACUUCAAAGAAAUUAACAGUACUGAUACAAACAAGUCUAAAUAUUUGAAGAUCGGUAAAGCUGAUUACUCUUGGUGAUUUUAUAUUGUAUGAAUCGUGGAGACUGCUUAUUUUUAAUCGUUUAUAUUGGAUAUAUUCGUAUUGACGUUUUGUUUUGCCAAAGAGUGGCCACCUGCAGUUUUUAAAUUGUUAAAUUCUUUAACUUGUGGUGAUUUCAAUUUUUUUAUAUAUUCAGACAAAAUCAGCAGCAAAGUAAGUUAAUAUGUCUGGGUAUCGCGAUUUGCGUCGAGGAAGUGUUGACACACAAGCAAGCAGUACAUCGGAUGGAUCUAUUUCCACUGUCUCAAGUGAAUGUAAAGUAACCGCACGACUUUUGGAUCUUAUGCACAAGACUCAGUAUGAAUUGGUACAAGAAAAUGGUCAAAGACGAUUGACAGCACCAGAACUUACAGUAGAACAAAGAGAACGUAUAAAGGGUGCUGAAGUUUUUUUGGGUAGACUACCUCGUGAUUGUUAUGAAGAUGAAUUAAUGCCAGUUUUAGAGCGAGUUGGCCGUUUAUUGGAACUUAGACUAAUGUUAGAUUUCUCUGGAACUACUCGUGGCUAUGCAUUUGCAUUAUUUGAGGAUGCUAAAACUGCACGAAGAGCUUGCACGAUGCUUGAUGGUUAUAAAAUCAGACCAGGGCAUAAAAUUGGCGCUGUAAGAUCAGUUGACAAUUGCAGACUAUUUUUUGGUGGUGUACCAAAAAAUAAAACUAAAGAAGAGUUUUUAGAAGAAUUAAGCAAGCUAAUGGAUGGUAUUGUUGACAUUUACCUAUAUCCAAAUGCUCAAGAUAAGACUCUCAAUAGAGGUUUCAUCUUCGUUGAGUUCAAGGACCACAGAUCUGCAGCAAUGGCUCGUCGUAAGCUUAUUCCUGGACGAGUUCAAUUAUGGGACCAUGAAGUGGCAGUUGACUGGGCUGAUCCUGAACCAGGAGAACCUGUUGAUGAAGAAAUAAUGAAAAAUGUAACAGCUCUGUUUGUAAGAAAUCUUACAAUUGAUAUAUCACAGCAGAAAAUAAGAGAAAUUUUCCAGCGAGAAACUAAUAUUCCAAUCUUGAAAUUAAAAAAAAUAAAUCAUUUUGCAUUUGUUCACUAUGAAACACGUCAGUUAGCAGAAGCAUCAAUGCAAAUUAUGACCCGUCCUGGUGGAGUGGCUAGUAUGGAAAAAUGGGAAAUCUGCUGGGCCAAACCAAUUGGUCCCAUUAAACAGGCCGAAAGACAGAGAUGUAUCAAUGAGGCUAUCUCACAAUCUAAAAAUAGGGAUGUUAGAACAAAACGGCCAGGAGCAAGGAAACAAUAUCUUUAUAAUGACCAAAUAGAACACCAAAUAGAAGAUCAAAUACUAGAAAACAAGCAGGACAAUCUUGAUAUGUAUUGUGUAGCAAUUUUAAUUGAUUUUGUUUCAAAAACACUGCAGGCAGAGUGUUCUUUUCAAUGCUUACCAAGUCAAAAUCCAACUGGAUGGUUUCACAAGAUAACUAUAUUCAAAGCCAAUGCUAUAAUAUUUGAAGGAUAUGGUACAGUUCAACCAACUAAACAAUUAUCUUUAGAUGCAGCAGUUUCAACAGUCUAUCACGAAUUAACUUCUGCUUAUAAUCAAAAUGUUUAUAGUGGCACGUUUCCUCCUCUUACAGUUGAUCAUUUAUCUGCACAAAUGAUGCAAGUUAAUAUUAGUAAUACUAUACCAAGUUUACAAUAUAAAAAUAACAUUUUGUAGAAUUUAUAAAUGGCACAAAAAGAAAAACAAAUAUCCAUAUUGAAAAUUUUAAUACUCAGAAUAUAUUUGAUCACUUAAAAAUCGACAUUAAAUAAUAACUACUAUAUAAGGUAAUACAAUUGGCAAUGUCGAGACUCAUUACAAUGUUCAUGAGAAAUUUAUUACAAUUUUUGUUGAA